UGUGUUGCGUCAGACAACGACGACAAGAAAAUAUGGCUUCCAGUCAAAUGUGUGGACCAUGUACAAGAAUGGACAAAUCAGCUUCUGCCGUAAAAUUUUGCACUGAUUGCCAAGAUCCCUUAUGCACAGAUUGUGUUGCCAUUCACAAAGCAAUUAAGGCUCUCGCUUUACACCAUUUGGUCGAUGAAGAAGUUCAAACUGACAAGGCUUUUAGCAUAAGAAGAACCUGCAGUGACCAUCCAGAUAUGAGUUUAGAGUUUUACUGCUCGAAUCAUGAAAGCUUAUGCUGUCGUACAUGUUCCGUUAAUACCCAUCGCACAUGUGGCAAAAUUUUACCGAUUGAUGUUGCUGCACGUGGAAUAAAGACAUCAGUUAUGCUCAACGAUGUAUCAGCAGAUUUAAGUGCUUUAUUAAAAACUGCCAAACAAUUAGAAGAGGACAGAGCAAAAAACAAAAACAAUGCAGGAAAGGCUAUUGCGACCACUUUACAAAAAAUGGCCAAAUUUAAACAUGAAUUGAUUCAGAGGUUAGAUGAACUAGAAAAGAAAUUAAUGUCAGAAGUUGCUGUUACUGAGGCAAAUCUUAUCAAAAAGGCGGAAUCGGACAUUUCAGACAUUGAAAUCCGACGAAAGGAUAUCGAAGAUAUAUCAGAACAAUUGGAAUUUCUUACAAAUCACGGAUCAGAAAGCCAAAUAUUGAUGUUGUUGAAUACCAUAAGAGUGGAUAUUUCAAAGCAGGAGAGCGACUUUAAAAAUUUGGUCCCGUCAUACGAAUGUGUUGAUGUUGAGUUCAAGGCAUCAGGAAUAAAGACCGCACUUAACUCUCUUGGAUCGGUGGAAAUAAAAUCUGUUCCAUGUUCAAUAACACACAAACCCUCUAAACACACACAAGCUCAGAUACCACCAGAAUAUGCGAAAAUGCCAACAAAAUUCAAACUCAAAAAUGAAUUUAAAGUAUCUUGUUUUGAUGGGAGAAUAGGAAACAUGAUUGUAACGAAUGAUGAUAGGCUGCUGUUAUGUUAUAUGGGAGACAAGAGUAAAGCAUUGUCGAUAUGGUCAGGGGCAGGAGACCACAUUAAGGACUGUAAACUGGCUACUCCUGCAUGGGGUAUAGCUAUAAUACCAGGAACAAAUGAAGCAGUUGUAACAUUACCAUCUAUCAAUUCGAUUCAGUUUGUUAACAUAACCAGUAUGGUACCAGGUACAGUAAUGAAGGUUCAUGGGCAGUCCUUUGGAAUCACAAUUGUAAAGAACAUGAUAGUAUUAGGUGGGAGGGGAAGGGUUUAUUUCCUCAGUAUGACAGGAAGUCUCUUGAACUUAUUCAAUGUCGGUAGUAGUAAUUUGACUUCAUUGAAGGCAAAUAAGAUGGAUAUGAUUUAUUGCUGUGACCUAAAUAAUGAUACACUCCAUUGCAUUGAUAUCAAAGGAACUGUUUUUUUCUCAUAUAAAUCUCCUGAUGUUAUUGGACAAGACAUUGCAUUGGAUGGUAAAGAAAAUAUAUAUGUGACAAUCUGUACAUCAAACAAAUUGCAUCGUCUGUCACCAGAUGGAAAACUCCUUGACGUCCUUCUGAAGGCUGAAGAUAGAUUGAAUGAACCGUUUGGAACUGCCUUCAACAAGAACUAUACCAAACUAUACAUAGUAAACGGACCUCGUCGUGAAAAUAAACAUAUAUCGAUAUUUGAGUGUGCUUAGAAACAGCAUAUAACUCUCUUACAUCACUAGUUAUUCAUACCCUGUCAUGAUCCUGAAAGCCAAUGUUGACUUUUGUAUAUAUGUUCUGUUUCCUUGUUCGAAAUGUUUAUGCUGAUUUAAAUGAAACUAAAAGGACAGCAUACUGUACAAGAAUGUAUUGCAUUUUAUUAUAUUACCACAAAUCCACUCAUUAAAGCAUUGAUGUAAAGAAAUAAUACAUAAGAAAAUAAUAACUUAACAUGAAUUGGUUACGUUAUUUUAC